UCCCACGUGAUACGUUAUGUAGCUCUGUGACGUGACGCCGGGUGAAAUAUUAUUUAAGCAACCUUUCUCACCCGAAGUACUUUGGAAAAAUCCUCGGAUACGAAGAUCAGCCCAGCGAAGAAACACAGUUAAGACAUGGCUCUCAGAGGUGCUGUCACUCGUCUGCUAUCGAGCAGCCACAGAUGUGCUGCUGUCACUGCGUCCAGAGCCCAGGGCACAACUGCUGCAGCUCCACAAGAUGCUGAAGAAACCAAAAAGCCAGCAAAGGCACCCAAGGUGUCAUUUGACUGGCGGGACGCUCUGAGUCUGGAGGGUCAGCUGACAGAGGAGGAGAUCAUGAUCCGAGAUUCCUUCCGUGACUACUGCCAGGACAAACUCAUGCCCCGCAUUCUCAUGGCUAACAGAAAUGAGCACUUCCAUCGUGAGAUUGUUUCAGAGAUGGGAGAGCUGGGCGUCUUAGGCCCAACUAUUAAAGGCUAUGGCUGUGCUGGCACCAGUUACGUGGCAUAUGGUUUAAUUGCAAGAGAGGUUGAGAGAGUGGACAGUGGCUAUCGGUCCGUCAUGAGUGUCCAGUCUUCAUUGGUCAUGCACCCGAUCAAUGCUUAUGGCACGGAUGCCCAAAAGGAGAAGUACCUGCCCCGACUAGCUCGUGGAGAAAUCCUGGGCUGUUUUGGCUUAACAGAGCCGAACCACGGCAGUGACCCCAGCGGUAUGGAGACCAAGGCCAAAUACAACCCGUCCAGUGGCACCUUCAGCAUCAGUGGAGCCAAAACUUGGAUCACAAAUUCCCCCGUUGCAGACAUUGCCGUGGUGUGGGCAAAGUGUGAAGAUGGCAGAGUGCGGGGUUUCAUCUUGGAGCGUGGAAUGAAGGGUUUUUCCACCCCCAAGAUCGAGGGCAAGUUCUCGCUGAGAGCGUCAGCUACCGGAAUGAUCGUGAUGGAUGAAGUGGAAGUUCCCCAGGAGAACCUACUGCCCAACGUCUCUGGUUUAGCUGGUCCCUUUGGCUGUCUGAACAAUGCCCGCUAUGGUAUUGCAUGGGGAGCUCUGGGAGCUGCUGAAUUCUGCUUCCAUGCUGCCCGACAGUACACUCUGGACAGAAUCCAGUUUGGGGUGCCACUGGCCAGGAACCAGCUGAUGCAGAAGAAAAUGGCCGACAUGCUGACAGAGAUCACCCUUGGGCUUCAGUCAAGUCUGGCCCUGGGAAGACUUAUAGAUGAGAAGAAAGCAGCACCAGAGAUGAUCUCCAUGCUAAAGAGGAAUAGCUGUGGCAAAGCUCUGGAUAUUGCCAGACAAGCGAGGGAUAUGCUGGGAGGAAACGGCAUCGCAGAUGAGUACCACAUUAUCCGUCACGUCAUGAACCUGGAGGCCGUCAACACAUACGAGGGAACACAUGAUAUCCAUGCCCUGAUCCUGGGCAGAGCCAUCACAGGACUGCAGUCUUUUACUGUUGAAAAGUAAAAGAUUCUCUCAACAAAUUCUUCAGAUGGACUUUAUAUCGAUUUUGUCGUGCUACCUGUAAAUCUGCCCUCUGAGAAACUCUUUGCCAAGCGGGAUGAAUCAUAUAUACCUCUAUACUCCCCCCCCCCCCCCAACUAAUGGGACCCCUCUAUUACUGCCUCUGUUUGGUAGAAGCAAUGGGUCCAUCUGUGAGGAUAUUUGUACAGUUUAGAUGUGUGAAAUAAAGGUCAGGUACUUAUUAGUCAGGUGCAUGUACAAGCUGCAUAAUGAGACAAUAUUUCUAGUAUAAUUAAAUGUGUAAAUAAAUGAAUAUGAAUCCAUGGGAAAUGAA